AUGGUUGUCAAUGGCUCUGAAAUGAGCAAGUUAAAUCUUGAUUAUAUUGUCAAUGGAUUUUGGUACGAAUAUGGUGACCCGAGGACAUUUUCCAUGCCAAUUAUCGGUGGUGGACCGUGGAAAGUGUUUACAAUUGUGUUUGGUUAUCUUUUGUUUGUUAAGGUUUUCGGUCCAAUUUAUAUGAAGAAUCGUCAACCAUUUGAUUUAAGGGAAAUCAUGUUACUUCAUAAUAGUUUUCUCAUUGGGAUCAAUGGUGUUGGUACUUUUGUCGGUCUUUGGGUUACCGAUUGGGGAAGUAAAACUUUCGAUUGUUCUCCUCCCGAAACGGAAGACGUUUAUAAUAUUAAAGUUUCCAUUCUCAUCUGGUUAGGGUGGAUUUACUUUAUGACCAAGAUUGUUGACUUUUCGGAUACAAUUUUCUUUGUUUUGAGGCGAAAAAAUCACCAAGCCUCUUUUCUUCACAUCUUCCAUCACGGAUCAAUGCCACUAGUUGCCUAUUUUGGCCUUAAAUUUCAUCCUGGACCUUACAGUGCCUUUCUUCCCAUUUUUAACUGUUUCAUCCAUUUUAUAAUGUACAUAUACUAUGCAAUGGCCUGUGCAGGUCCAAGUAUGAAAAAGUUUCUUUGGUGGAAAAAGCAGCUCACUCAGAUCCAAAUAGUCCAAUUUAUGGCCACCAUUGUCCACGCUUCGUAUGCCUUUUUUACCGACGGAUGUCACUAUCCCAAAUUAUUGUCCUUUCUGGAGGGGAUGCAUGCGACUAUUUUUCUUGUUAUGUUUUUAAAAUUCUAUUUUAAAACUUAUUCACGAAUUCCAAAUAAAUUAAUGUGAAUUUUUUUACUCAAAUAAAAUUAUUAGUAUCACUCA